AUGAAAUACACGAAAUCAUGUGUUCAGUUCUUUGAAGAGUUUAGCACAAAUAAGAAGCAUUUUACGUACAACUAGCGAUUGCAUUGAAAUUAAAUUGAAAGAAUUUUUUUUUAAAUAAAAAUAAUUAGAAAAUCCACUUGAGAUUAACGCAGUAAUAAAUUGAUCCGUGAAAAUAUCAGUAAAAUUAUUGAAAACGAAAAUUGAAAAAUAUUUUCAAACCGAAAUUUGUUCCGACCGGGUGUUACGUCACAUACACUCCACAUUGACGUUGUGUCGUGUUUUAUAACAUAUUUAAAUUUGAAUAAAAAUACUUAAUGGCUUUGUGGGAAUAUCCGUUUAAAGAACAAUUAUAAUUUCUUAAAAUACCGAAGACUAUCUUAGGUUUUGAUACAGGUACUUACAUCUACCUGCCCGGAAGUGCAAGUGACAGAAACGUGUAGUUUCAAUUCUAUUACAGACAAUUGUUUAGUUUGUUAAGUAGUCAGGAACGUUCUAGUGGUUUCGUUGAACAGUCACAUAUAAUAAUACAGAAAAACAAUUUUUUUUUAAACGCGUAAAUUGUGAUUAAAAAGACACCUAACAUUGACCUAUUCUGUCAGCAUUCAAAUGCUUCAAGUGUACAAUUGUAAUACUAUGUUGAGUGCUUCAAUUUUAAAGGAAAAAGAUCUGUUGUCCGUUGUCUCAUUGUUGAUCAUCUGCUGUACAUUGCACAAGUUGGUUAUUAAGAAGAAGAAGAUUACGAAGAUUGUUUUUAAGCGAAAUCAAAUGAUCAAUUGUUGUUGUCAAAAUCAUCACUGUUUUAACUAUCAUUCGCAUCAAUUGAGAACGUCGUAUAAUCCUUGGCAAACGACAAUGGGUUUUAUGCUAGUCACAAUGAGAGGUUGAGGGGCAGAGCUCUCAACUUUUUUUAUUGGCGAGCUUAAAGGCUUAACAAUUAAAUUAAACCUCAACGGAGAAUUAAAUUCCCGUUCGAAAUGUCUUCCAAAACUGGAAUCAACUCAUUCGCAUUAUGGCGUAAAUCAAUUGUACAUGGUAAAUCAACCAUCGCAAACGACAACCUCAGAUACGAUCAAAAUACGUACCUCAGUGAACAAUCAACAACUGAUUUUGAAUACGACGACACAUACGGCACACAACUUAAUCAAUUAUCCAGAUCAACAGGACCAGUGUUACAGCCGCUUGGAUACGAACGAUCAUCCAAACAUGAUAUACUCAGAUAUGAGCGAGGGGAAAGUCUUCCGGGGGUUUUUGCCUCUCGAAAGCGAGUUCCAACCAGACAGCCAGACAACGAUUCGCGUUAUAGGUGAAGAGCUCAAUACACCGGUUAUAGAUUACACGAGACCAGAUUUUAAUCUUUAUACGAAUCCCAGAUCGAAUGAAUCACUAAAACAACCAUCAACUGGAUUAAUGCUGAAUAACAACAAUUCACAAACAAUCAACAACAACAACAACAACUCAACAGUAAAUCAAUCGUCAAUAAUAAACGCUGCAGACGUCUGGUGUUCCGAUAAUUUCACCGAUUGCCAAUCACUACUCUUCAGUCCCGAUUCGACCAAAUCAACCAAUUCACCGUCCGGCCUAAAUUCAUCGGACCUGACUGAAGAAUCAUUUAUAUUCGAAACGACCGCUUGUGACACCAAUCAACCGGUCAAAUAUUCACAAGAUUACGAAGACUUCGGAUUCGUCGACGAAAUCGAUCAAAUAUCAAAAUUGAAAGAAUUCAACACCGACGACUAUCCGAGAACAUUUGAUAACGACGACGGCAACGAUACAGAUAGCAAAUACGAGCCGGCCAAUAAUUUUGUUGCCAGAGCCGUUUUGUAUCAGGACACAAUGAUAACUGGAUUGGCGCAACCGGCCACAGCCAUGUUGCUGGACGACGACAGUUAUCUGGUAACGGUUAACAAUUUUGAUGAUCUUAUGAUUAAGCCGGAGAGCAAAUUCGUCGCCGAUGCCAAUGUUUCGAAUAUAAAUGUGGACAAUGUCAACAGCCAAGUGGUUUGUGUACAGAAAAUAUCGGACUACAUUUUAACACCAGCACCAUCGCCUAAAUCACCAACUUCAAUCACACAAAACUGCAGCGCAGACACUGACGAUUGUGAAAACAGUUCAGAUUGUUUUCCAGUAAAUGAUAUGAAUAAAGCAUCGAGUCCUGCUGCUGAGGAUCGACUACAUUUAGAUCACAAUUACAAUAUAAAUAAUCCUAAUAAUAAUCGUAUUGCUGAAACAAGUAGCUGUAAGCGUAAAUUGGUGACGGAUCGAUCACCUACAAGACAACAAGAAAAACGUACAAGACGCGGGAAAUCGCUUAAAUUGAACAUACCAAUCAUGCGGGUCUUGCGACAGGACAGUAACAAAAUCGAUGUCAACACACCUGACAUUACCAAUGACAUCCUGGAGAUGGAAGACGAGAAAUUCGAUCUAAUUAGCUACAUCAUCUCCGCGUCGCAAGACAAACCAAUAAUCGAUCUAACCGACCUGAAACCUGCAACAAUAAUUCCAACACAGCCAGCCUCACCUCUCGACUUAGAAUCAAUCAUCAACGAACAAUGUCCAAUUCCAACCAAGCGACGUCGACUCAAUUCCUACGACAAUCCCGGCAGCGUUCAAUCGGUCACAUCCACAAUCGUGUCCGAUGAUUCAUCGCGACCGGCACCGAAACGCCGCGGUCGACCACCAAAGACCACAUCGAUCAUACCAUCGCCAUCGUUGUACAAAGAUUUGAGCGAAUCGGACUGGAAAUAUGUGGAGAUGCGCAACAAGAACAAUGAAGCGUCGCGUCGGUCCCGAAUCAAUCGAAAGGAUCGAGAACAUCAAAUUGAAGCGGAAGCAAGGGAAUUGGAAUCGGAGUACAACACAUUAGCGGAAGAAGAGAAAAUUCUACUCAAACAAGUGGCCAAAUGGCGACAAGCUGUUAUGAAAUUGGCCCUAGUUUAAGUUAUAAGUAGAUUUUGUCGAUAGAGUGUGUCAUUAAGCUUAAGUAAAAUUUAAUUUUAUUUAAAAAAAAAUUCGUUGUAAUAACAUCCAUUGGCUAAGAUUAAUCGUACCAUUAAUGUGUUUUGUUGAGGUUGACGAGUUCAACACGUUUGGAUUAUUAUUAGAUUUAAAAGGACAAUUUUUUCGUUUAAUGAAAUAAUGGAAAAAAACAAGAAAUUUAGGGCGGUAAGAAACGCCGUGUCUUGUAUAAAACGUUUCGUUUUCUUUGUUAGUUUGUAGAUUUUCGUUUUUUUUAUAUGAGUUACAUUACGUAAUCUUAUGAAAUAUUAAGAAAUAUCUAAAAAGAAUAAAUUAAAACUUCAAAAUUUAAUCGAAAAAUAUUUUAAAAAAUCAAAAAAAAAUAAAUUUAUUGUUUUAUGGAACAUAAAUAUGAUUUUGAAUUAAAUAAAGGAAAUGUUUAGUAAAACCUA